GCGCGAGCGGCGCUCACAUUCCGGGGCUGUGGCGGCCUCUUCCUCCCGCGUCCGGGGCCCGCUGUAAGGGCUCUUAGGAGUCGGGCGCUGGCGUGGGCCUCGCCGCCGCCGCCGCCGGCCCUCUGCCGUGACUGGACUGGGCCGCCCGGAGCAGGCGCGGCCGGAGUGAACGGAACGGGCGGGAGCUUUCCUGCCUAUGGGCGGCCCCUGGGCGCUCUGAGGGCCGGGCUCCGAGCGGCCGAGAAAAUGAUGCAUCCUGUUGCCGGCAGUAACCCAGCGUUCUGUGGGCCUGGCAAGCCUUCCUGCCUCAAUGAAGAUGCCAUGAGAGCUGCUGAUCAGUUUGAUCUAUAUUCCUCCCAGCAGAACAAAUACAGCCACACAGUCAGCCACAAACCAAUGGUUUGUCAGAGGCAAGACCCAUUAAACGAGACACACUUGCAGCCUACCAGUGGCAGAAACAUAGAGAUAAAAGAUGAACUAAAGAAAAAGAAAAACCUCAAUCGAUCUGGUAAGCGAGGCCGACCUUCAGGAACCACCAAGUCAGCAGGAUACCGGACCAGCACAGGCAGACCCCUGGGAACUACCAAAGCAGCUGGAUUUAAAACAAGUCCAGGCAGACCUUUGGGUACAACCAAAGCUGCAGGAUACAAAGUCAGCCCAGGGAGACCUCCAGGUAGCAUUAAAGCUCUGUCCCGUCUUGCAGAUCUUGGUUAUGGCUGCGGCACUGCUGCCUUUCCUUACCCUAUGAUGCAUAGUAGAGUGGUUCACGGGCUUCAGGAAACGAGUGGUGAAGUCAAGCCGCCCAGUGAGUGAGCGAGGCAGGAGAGCAUGUGUUAGGAGCAGAUUGUUAGUCACCCCAAAGCUUCUUGCUUUAAUUUGACAUGAUCUUACCACGUGGACUCCCCAGUUCGUUUCUGUUUGCUCUUCCUUACCCCGCUCUUCUUUUUCUUUCUUUUUGGCUAAGAGGUGGCCACAGUUGAGAGAUGCACUUUGGGCAGGAGUAGUACAUUUUAUCUGUAUUGUACACGGUUCACCGGACACUCAGCGAAGUCAUUUUUACUUUCCCUUGGUGCUGUUCUAAGUGAACUCCUCAUGUGCUAAGCAGCUGCCCAAGUUAACUUUUAUCUGCAAGUAACCAGUGUGAGGCAGUGUAACUGAAGGGGCAGAACAGCACCUAGAAGCAGAUUGGAGGGGAUGGCUGUGUGAGUUUAGAACUCUGAAAUAAGAUAUAGCUGUCUGGAUGCUUUGGAACUUAAAACACAGCUUCUUAUUUAUUGAUUCGCAUGACAUUAAUUGAUCAUUAUUCCUAAGGCAUUGUUUAGUAUCUGCCUUGCAGAGAUUAUAGUUACAGGGUAUGUGUUUUUCAGUUGCCUAAGAGCAUAUGCACCAAACACUACAAACAACUCAUACUUAAAACCCUUGAAUCCUUCAUAAACCUGCACAUUAUAUUUAAUAUACAAGAAAAAAAGAAUCCUUAAAAGUCUGCAUGUAACUAUAAUCAUUGUUUUGUCUUUCACGUACUUAGUGAGUUUCAAAGUAUUAUAUUUAAAAACAUUUAUUACUAUUGCUCAUUUAUUUAGGUUUUUUUUUGUUUGUUUGUUUGUUUGUUUUUCUCAGUAAUUGUUAUUACACUGCAUUAGUACUUAACUGCAUUUUCAGGUUUAUAUCUACCAAAGGACACAAAUUGAGUGGUCGGCUGCAAGAUUGGUCUAAGCAGAAAGCAGUUUCCUGUCUGUUGAGGCUCAAGUACCAAUAAAUGUAACUCAGUAUGUACGAAACCUGUAAAAUGAGCACUGCUGUUAGCAUAGAAAUGGCAUCGUAGCUCAAGGAUGACCGCUUCUUCCAAAAGAAGUCUCCCUAGUGAGGCCUGCUUUAGGCACAGUAUAGAAAAGAGACAAAUACUGGGCAUGUAGGUAUACUUAUGGAGGGAAAUCUUCUUUUCUGAAAUAUUUCUUGUUAAUACACAUUUUAUUUAUUCUGAGUUUGUUUUAAGUAAAAUAUUACUAACUUUAAAAUUGAAAAGCUUGCCCUGGGCCAUGUAUGGUGUCCCGUGAAUUUGGUCCCAGCAUUUGGGAGGCUGAGGCAGGCAGAUCUCUGAGUUUGAGGUCUACAUAGGUCUACAUAGAACAGCCAAUGCUAGGUAGAGAGACCCCAGUCUUAAAAAAACAAAACAAAGAAAAGCUUUUACUGAACUUAAAAAAUAAUGUUUUUUACUUGCAUUUUAAAAUAUCUUUGAGAUUAAGCUGUAGAUUUACAGGACUUAAAAACUUUAAAAAUAAUCAGAAAUUUAAAAGGCCACUUACUGGUUGGUUAGACUUGCUCUCAGUCCAUGCAAACUGACUGUAUGUAAAUACUAUGUUUCAGACCUUUAUCAGGGGACAAGCAGCCAAUCUCAGGUGCCCUGAUGAUAGCUGACACAACAGCUGGACAUCUGCUCUUACAGUAAGCACUGUUUCAUUGCAUGUGGGGACAGCAACCUCAGCAGUACUAGCUUUGCACAAACCAUAGGGGACAGUGAGCAAUGCUGGGUGACCACUUAACCAGCUGGAACAUUCAGAAAGCUUCAAAAGGGCUUCCAAGAGUUUCUUCUUGCAGAAGCAUAGAAUAUAAAACUUAAUAAUUUACUCAGAACAGUGUAACUUCUGACAUAUGCAAAUUCUUGUGUCUUCAGUGAUGUAUUCAUCUGGUCACAAGUAUCUGUCACUUAGCUGUUUCUGAAAUUGUUUAGCAGCUGGCUAUUUAGAAAUCAUUGCACAGCUAGUUCCUGAAGACAGUUGAAAUAGUCUAGUGUAGAAUAAUCUCACCACCAAAUGUCAAGGACUUGGGUGCGUGUUGUGUUUCAUACUGAGUCCACAUUCAUCCUUUCAGUUUUAUUUCGUUCCUGGUUUUGUACCUUGUCAUUUCUUCUUGCCCUUUCUCACACCCACCUUCCCUCAGCUCUCCAGCACAUCUACUCAGUGGUACUGUGCUGUGUGUCAGAAGAUAGAGUGGGUGUAUUGUAUAGUGAGUUUCCGAUACAUGUUCGUGAGAUGGGACAUUGGUGUAAGGAGAUUACAUUGAUAACAGUGUUUAUAUCAGGAACUCUAUCCCAGGAAAGGGGGUAUGGAUGGAUGGCUACAGUUGUGAAUGGAUAACCUCACUUAGGAAACUGAAUUUACUGUUCCUGUGAGCAGUCACCCGGAAUAUUAAAUGUGUGCUCUGGUGAACAUCUGAUUCUACUUUUCUCCUUGUGGACAGUUUACUAGUGCCCUGCUGGAGAGGCACAGUGAGGACAGGAAUGAAGUCUUCACAUAAAAAUAUUUUUACUUCUACAUGAUCUAAAGACUGCAUUCUGCAUCUUUUGUAACCUGGUUUUUUGUCAUGACAGACACUGAAAUAGCAUGUGAAGCAGUUGCCUAGAUGCCAGUAUAUUCAGUUGGGGAAAACUGUCGUGCCCCCGACCCCCACCUCCUCUGUAUAAUUGUUCCUUAAAAGGUAAAUUGCUAAUUUUAUACUGUGUGAUUCUAUUCAUAAAUAGGUUUCACUAUUCUAUAUUAAAACUUUGUCAGAAAAUGAUCUACUCUUCAAGUAAGUUUGUUUUACUUUUUUUUUUUUAAAGGAUAUUUUAACAUGCCUUAUUUAUUAUUGUUAUCAAAACAAAUAAGGAGUCAAUUACAGAUGAAAAUUUCAUUUUCCACAGGUAUCACCUUGCCUAACUAAUCUUUAGUAUGGGGUGAUUUUGAUACUAUCUUUGGAGUUUUGCACUGGAUAUUUAAAAAUAUAUAUAUAUUGGCACAAUAUAUUGAAAAAUUAAAUAGUAUUUGGUUUAAUUUUUAAUAUUUGAAACAUUUUUAAUUAGUGUUUAAAUCAGACUAGCAAUUCUUUGUAUUUUUAAUUACUUUUUUAAAAGGAACAUCUGAAAUGUAUUUAUUAAUUCCAAACUGGUGUUUGUGUGAAUUUACAUAUAUAUUUUCAUGAAGAAUAAAAUUUCUUUGAGGUAAAAUCUGGAUCCAUUUAUUAUGAGGUUAAAGAUGCUUCAUCCAGUGUAAUAAUGACCACAGUGUGUAAGUUUAAACAGUGAACUUCAUACUUUAAGAAGCUUUAAGAGAACAGUUCAGGGGAUACUAAGAUGAUUGCUCUGUCAGUUCCUUGUCUAUAUGCAGUAAAAUUUUAUAAUCCGUUUCAGUAACAUAACAAUUUACACAACAGUCUUGGGCAUAAAAAGUUUUGAUGCUCUUCUGUUCUGUCUGUUCCAGCGUAAUGACUGCGCUCAAACUCUUAAGAUGUAUCUAAGUAUUUGCUUUUCUCCCUUUUCCUUCCAAGUAGACAGACCUGUGCUCUCACAUACAAUGUAUUUAAGUUUUUUAGAAGUGAUACUGUAGUAAGUCAAUUGUGUGAUUUAAUCAGGCCACUCUGGUUCUUUGAUUCACAAUUUCUUUUUUCCACAGACAAUUAUGAAACAAAUAAUUACCAGUUAACUGAUAAUAAGCACGUUGUCCUCUGCUGUAAAAAGUCUGAAUAGAUACUGUGUAUGUUUUAAUGUCCAUGAACUUGAGCUACUCGUGUGCAAUUAUGUGUAUGGAAUGGAGUAGUGUUCAUGAUUUGUAUCUACAUCAUCAUAUGGAUGUAUAUUUAUUAAUAAAGUCAUCACUUUAAACCAA